AUGUGGCGUGGCGACACUGCUGGUGCUGAUGCUGACGCGGCGGCGGAUCAGUUGCUAACGCGAGGCUCCGCCUUCCGCCCGACGUCGCUGCUGCCGCCACCGCCCGUCACUGGCACCACCACAAUGAUCGUUGUGGCGAAGGCGGGGCUGCGCGGCUGCAAUCACCACAAUAUCAACAGCAAGAGUGGAAGCAGCAGGAGCAACUCCCCCAGCAGAAAGCUCGCACGUGGGCCGCUCAUUGUGCGUGUGUUUGUGCCGAACGCGGUGCUCGACGAGGCGACGGUGCUUGACCUGAAGAUUGAGGUGGAGCGGCAGGUCGGCGUUGCGGUAGAGCGGCAGACGCUGCGUGCCGACGGCGUUGCGCUGCUCGACGACGUACCGCUCGCCUUUCUAGAUCCCGCAACCGUGCUGUUCAUGGACGCGGUGCAGGGCAGUGACGAGGACGAGCCGCGAGCGCCUCACACGCCCCAUUCACUGCGUGCGACCACCGCACAUUCGUCGUCGCCCACAACGUCGUCGUCGGCGCCGCGUGGGCGAGAGCCGCUUCUGCAGCAGCAACUGGAUAGGCUGCUGCGCGCCCCGGCAAGGCGACCGGGGGCUGCCACGGCCGGAGUGCGGGGGGACUCAACUGGUACGUCUGUCACAAGCGUCACACGUGCACCGUCGGAAGCCACAGCAGAGGUAGAAGCGACGAGAGGAGCAAGAGAAACCGCAUUCGUUCAGUCUCAUGCCGCCACAGACGGCUCCAGCAAGCACCGGCCCUACGAUGCCCAGAGCAUGUCCCGCCUGAUGCAUGCGUCUGGCCACAGCAAGAGCAACAAUGCCAAUGAAGACGACGGUGACGUUGAUGACGGCAAUGAUGCGCACACAGGCGGUCAUUUCACCGACGCGACCAUAUACAUGGAUGAUGACGAUGAUGACGAUAGUGCUUAUAUUCCCUUGCAACAGAAACAACAGCAACAUCACCACCAGCAGCAAUGGAGACGCAGACAUCCAGUCUCACCUCCGCUUGACAUGGUGGACUCCCGCAGCCCGUCGUUUGGUGCAGAUUGGCGCAGCAGUGUGGAGGCCCGGCGGCCAUCGGUGGAUCACCGGCGGUUCUUGGAGGACGCCAUGAUGAGGGCGCACCAACAGAUGGAGCUGCUGGCGUGGCUCUGUCACCGCUCGCAGAACCCUGCCAACAACAACAACGGCGACGACGACGACAACAACAAGAGUGCCGGAAACAAGAGCAACAGAAGUCGCGGUCCCCCCUGUGCGAAUAGUGAGGGAAUGAUGAGUCCACAGCCCCGGAUACCGCAGACGGGCAUGGGGCGCAAGGUGUUAUCACCCGACACUCCUCAAGUAGAUGCUUCUGCAGUUUCUGCUGCUGUUGCUCCAUCUGUAGAGGCAACGCGCGUCGUUUCGCGGCAGUGA